CGUCCCUCAGCGGCUGCGCGGCGAGGGCCCGGGCGGGGGCAUGGCCGGGGAGGCCGCGGGGCCGCCGGUGAAGGUGCUGGCGGCCCAGCUGCGGGGCGCCGUGCGGGGCGCCGGCGGGACGUGGACGCUGGGCCGGGCGGAGGCGGGCCGGGGGCCGCUGCGCCUGCAGGCGGCGUGGAUGCAGGGCACCGUGCUGGAGGUGGCGCGGGGCGGCGCCGCCGGCGGCUCGGCCCGACUGAGGGACGUCAGCGGCGCCUUCACCGUGCUGGGGGUGGAGGCGGUGCCCCAGGGGCGGCCGUGCCUCAGUGCAGGGAAGUACGUGAUGGUGGUGGGCGUGGUGCGGUCUUGCAACCCCGAGCCUGUGCUGCGAGCAAUAAAGAUGACGGAUCUUUCUGAAAAUCCGGUGCAUGAGAAUAUGUGGAGCCUCGAAGUGGAGGAUUUGCACAGAGUCAUCCCCUAGAUACUUCUUGUGCCUAAAGACCUGGAAAUAUAAGCACACGUAUUGGUGCACUGCGCUGGGCCAUUCUGGGUAUUUGUGAUUUCCAACAACACCCUUGGAGUAUAACAAGACUCGGGCUUUUUUUGGCGGGGGCUUGGAUUUUGUUGGGCUUGGAUUUAAGUUGAGGGAAAUGUGCAUAUGUGACAGUAAUCACGGUGCUCGUUUCUUUCACAGUCUUGUACCAACAGAUUAAACCGCAUUAAUC